UCUAGACCCAAAAGCCCCGUAUAAAUAAAUCCCUGCCACCCCAUCCUCUCAACCCAUCAUCUCCAAAACCUAUAACAUCUAUCUUUAAGGACCAACCACCUCGAACAUAAACAAAAAAAAAAACAAGACCAUUCAUUCACAAUGAAGUUCCUCGCCAUCUCCUCCCUCAUUGCAGCAGUCUCUGCUCUCCCCUCUGUUCCUGCCCCUCAGGCUCAGAAUGACCCCAAUGCCUUCGGUGUUGUCGCCGCUCGUUCCGCCUCUCCCAUCCACUUCCUCACCCUGAACGCCGCCAACUCCCACUUCUACCUCGGCGGAAAGGCCGCCACCUACUGCCCCGAGAAUGUCGAGAAGCUGGGUGCCUGCCCCCCGGGCAAGGAGACUUCUCUCCUCGGCGACAAGUACCUUAACGUCGCCGUCCCCGGUGGCCAGAGCAUCUACGUCGACCCCAAGGGCGCUCUCUCCUUCACCACCCCUCACUCCGGCUACACUCCCCCCGGCUCCUCGACUGACGGCUUCGCCUACAAGCCCGGCAAGAACGGCACCCUUGGCAGCUGGACCUACAAGAACGGCUUCAUGGCCUGCCCCACCACCAACUCCACCAUUGUCCCCGGCAACCCCAAGUGGCAGGUCUUCGCUGCCUCCAACAACGCCACCGUGCCCACCGGUAACGUCAGAGACUGUCUCGGUUUCUCGGCUGUUGCUGCCCCUUACACUGGUCCCGUUGCUGCUUGGGAAUACAUCUAAGCUUGUUUCUCUACGCUUCUUUUCCUCUAAUCCAUCCAGAGACCUAGAUGGACAGAAGAACAAAAAACAAGACUUCCUCGAUUGGUAUGGUAUAUAUGAUAUAUAAUCCCAAGAUCAAGAUACACAGUCUGUGGGGAUAUCGAGGUGACCAAUAUGUAAAUCAACGUAACGGAGUCUAGGAUAUUAUCAUGUAUUAUACGCUUUAUUCUGUGAAUAUGAAAUCUGACCUUAAUAUUUAAUGCAAACCAUCCAUCCAACA